CGUCGGGCAUGUGGAAAAACGAAAAUGGGGGAAAAGUUAUGAAAAUAAUGUCAAUCGAGAAAAUAAGGAAACUAAGACAGUAAAUGCCUUGUCGAGGUACCUGACAGGUAAAAGGCAAAUAACGAAGAUGAUGGCUUACGGGCAAAGGGAGAGGAUUUUCAUGGGGGGUGGUGCUGAACUUGACGGAUGGGAUCCAUGUCAGGAAGACUACAACAACCGACAGUUCAACUCGUACAAUCAAGGCCCUGGAAAAAACUUAGAAAACCGACAGCGGAACACCAUCAAUGGAAUCACCUUGUAUGUGCAGAACCUGCCACUUGAAAUUGACAGGCAAGGACUCAUGAACCUGUUUGCGGCUGUCGGCACCGUAUUGAACUCUCAUGUCGCCAUCUCCACGAAGGACAACUCCCAGUGCAUGUUUGGAUAUGUGGAAAUGUCCUCCAUCCGAGAGGCGGAGGAGGGAAUCCGGAGGAUGGACGGUUUUGUCAUCAGAAACCACCGACUGAAAGUGCAGGUUGCUCUCUCUCAAGAAGAAAAAGCAGCCCGAGCACGCAAAAGAAAGGAAGACGAGGAGUUUCUCAGUCAGUUGAAUGGUGGGAGAAGGAGCAACAUGGGAAGCGACUCCGAUGAACGCAGUAACAAGGGUAGAUCUUUCCAAGGCAGCCGACCAAGAACUGGUCGGGGACGAGCAGAGUUGUUGGAUGAAUUGACGGAUACUGAGACAACAGAUCGCAGGCCCGGUCAAGACAAGAGGAACAAUGGCCUACUUGGAAGUCAUCCUUAUGAAAGUCAGAGAGGAGUUGUGGCCCCUGGCUGUUACCCCUACCAAGGUCAAGGGGGCAGAGGUGGUCAACGUGGCAGAGGAGGUUACCAUGGUAACUCUGGUAACCCUGGUCACUUCCCUGGCUACCCUGGUGGUCAGGGCCAAGGCUUGGAGCUGCCGUUGAGCCGGAUGGGGCAAGGAUUUGCUGUCGGAUUUGGAAAUACCAAUAACAACUUUGCACCCCCAGGAAGAGACAUGAACGGUUUCCAUGGUUUCAGUGGAAGGGGGGGAUACGGUGAUUGUGGAAAUAUGUACAAUGGGCCAGGGAUGGGGCGAGCAUAUGGGAGCUUCCCUUACCAAGGCCACUUCCAGGGGGGCGGCCAUUAUCAGGAUCCUACCAGGACGUUCCCUAUGGGCCGAGGCAUGCCGUUCGGGCCCCUGGCGCACACCUUCCCAUUUCAGGAAGUUAAUCCAAACUACUAUGGACGUGGACGCGGUCGUGGUCGAGGUCAAGUGAACACUGCCCCAGACCAAAAUAGGUCUGGCUACUCCACAGACACGGAGCGAGUAGCAAGAGAGAAGCCUGUGACAGUGGACAGCGAGCGACCCUGCUUGUUCUGCAAAAAGAAAGGCAAGCUGCAGUGCGCUCGGUGCAAGAUGCCAUACUGCUCCUCUGAGUGUCAGCGGAAGGACUGGGAAGGGCGACACAAGAAUUGCUGUCAAGAAAUAAGUGAAAUGGGAAGUUGUUCGAUGGAGGAACUGGAGAACCGGUUUGAGGUUUAUGUGAAUGACGACUUUUAUGAGCAAUAUUACAGCAAGACUGGAAGGAAGUCAUCACGGGACGUCAGUGACUCCUCCUCUGAAAGUGGGAGGGGUGGUGGGCGUGGCAGCCAUGGGCGUGGAGGAAAGACAAACACCAAGGCCAAGCAAAAUAAGAAAAAGGGUGAAAACUCUCCUCCUAAAGAUAAGAAGCCAGCUAGUGGUGGCCAUACUAAAUCUCACCAGCAGCCAGCAAGUGCGAAACAGGGUGCAGCUGCAAGUCUAGCCGGCAAGAAAACAGUCUCGAGUCCAAAGGUGGUGACUCGGUUUUUGUUCAAGAACAUUACAAAGACACAGCUACCUGUCGGCAGUGCUGUUCAGGUUGUUGUGACCCACAUGGAGAGCCCGACAGAGAUCUGGAUUCAGCCAGCCGUCUACGAGGAGCUGGAGAAACUGGAGCAGCUGAAGGAGAAGAUGAACAAGGUCUGUGGCAGCAGCUCGGACAAGGUGACAACGCCGAUGGUGGGGGAUGUAGUCGCAGGACAGUUUGAGCAGCAGUGGUAUCGCGCUGUUGUCAGGUCUCUAAAAGCCCCGGAUAAUGCCACAGUGUUCUACUUCGACUACGGCAACUCGGCAACCAUGACGUACUCGCAGCUUAGGAAUGUAACGGAAGAAAUGUGCAAACUCCCCGCCCAGGCAGUCCAUUGUUGCCUUGACGAUGUGCGUCCAGUGAAGGAGGGAUGGAGCCAGGAGGUAGUGUCUGUGCUCCACUCCGAGCUGUCACAGGGCGUGUGUGUGUUCCAGGCCGAGGGACAGGAGGAGGGCAGAUACACAGGCCAGAUGUUCCUACCUGACGGAGGGGCACCGGUGAAGGACAUGCUCAUUGAGAAGAAACUUGCUCGGUCCAAGGGCCCCCUGAUGGUUGCGGACAUGACGUCGCUGUCCCAAACCCUGCAGCUGGGGCAGGAGCUGACCAUCCUCAUCUUGGACUGUGUGUCGCCCUUCAACUUCUCCGCCCAGCUCAUGCAGGCCGACAACGUGGCCAACUUCCGCUCCCUCCUCCAGGACGUGGAGACAGCAUGCACCCAGGAGGGACCCCACACCAGCCCUACAGUUGGAGAGUUUGUCAUUGGUCAGUUCUCUAAAGAUGAUGGUUGGUAUCGAGCCAAAGUUUUAGAAGUGGACCAGACCAAGGUGAAGGUCCUUUACGUGGAUUUCGGCAACGUGGAGGACAUUGACUAUACACGUCUUCGUGCUGGCAGGGAGGCCUUUGCACAAUUCCCAAUACAGUGUCUUAUUUGCCAGCUUCACGGAGUUACUGCCCCUGAAUCAGGAGUCUGGCCAAAAGACGUCACUGACUUGUUUAAAAGACUGGCCGGCACAGGUGGAGUUAGAACGGAAGUCCGGGCAGUUGUGAAGCUGAAACAAGACAUACGACUUUGUGUUGAACUGUAUGAUGUCAAUGAUGAGCCAAUUUCUGUUGCUGUUGCUGGGAAAUUGAAAGAACAUGUUCCAGGUGUUCCCAAAACCGACACACUGCCCUUGGAUGGUACUUCAGUCCAGGUUGCCAUCAUUGAAGUUGUGUCAAGUGACUGCUUUUACGUGCAGUAUGUGCAGAUAGAGGAUAAGGAUGAGGAUGCAGCAAGGAAGGUGUUGGUCGCACUGGAGAAGUGCGCGGAGGCUCCCGCGUACACGACGCCGGCCCAGGGAGAAAUGGUUGGAGCUAAGUUCAGCGUAGACAAGGACUGGUACAGAUCGGUCGUAACAAGCGUCACCGACUCACACUGCAAGGUCAUGUUUGCGGAUUAUGGGAAUAGAGAAAAUGUACCAUUCGCCGACAUUAGAAAACUGGACCACUCUGCCUGGUUACUUCCACUCCGCGCCAUCAGAUGUCGACUGGCAGAAGUACCACAGGGCUCCGCCUCCCACUUGGAGCUCCUCCAGCAACAUACAAACACGGUCGUACAGGUCCUGGCUCUAUCCAAGACUGAUGACAUUUACGAUGUGAAGGUCACUUUGUUGGAUGGGCAAUGUUUGAAUGAUGAGUUGUCUCCCCCUUUGACAUCUUCGGCAGUUUACACUCUAAAGGAUGUUGCCUUGACAACGCCACCUGAUGGCAAGUCACCUGUAAUUGUGGCAUGUGUUGAACACCCUGGUUCUCUGUACUGCCAACUUGCUGACCAGGAUGUCAAAGAAGCUUUCGUCAUUCUGACCCGCAACAUGGGGUUGUUCCACAAGGAGCAGACAACUCCUGCUGUUGACCCCCAGUUGAACCAGCUCUUCUGUACGGAAUUGGAGGGUUUGUGGUACCGGUGUGUGGUGGUCGAGCGGAAGGAUGUGGCUGUCCGUGUUCGCCUGCUGGAUGUGGGAUCUCUAGAGGAGAUGACAGUGACAGACCUGCGGGCCAUGCAGCCAGAGUUCCUAGAGCUCCCGGUUCCAGUGUUCAAGUGUUCCCUGCAUGGAAUUAAGCCCACGGGCGCCACCUGGAGCCAAGAUGCAGUAGAUGCAGUGAAGCGGAUCGAGGGGCAGCUGUUGAUGAUGUUGCUCAAGGGGACGAUCGACGAUGUCCACCAGGUCCAACUGUCCGACAGUGGUAAUGAAGCUGUCCAAGUCAGCGCCAUACUUGUGGGUCAAGAAUUGGCAGUUUCAGCUGAGAGCCCCAACCAAGCCUCCAGUGAUCCACCUAUCAUAGCUGCAAGCCUACAGAAAUCAUCACUGCCACUGGAUGGCACUGAGGUGGAAGCCAUCGCCACAUACGUACAGGACUUUGACGACCUGUACCUCCAGAUCAUGCAUAACGCCCUUGCUCUGAGAGACCAGAUGCAGGAACUGAAUGAGGUCUGCCAGAGUUCCAACGCCAUCCUCACACCUGGCAAGGGGGAGAUGGUCGCUGCUCCGUUCGAGGGGGAUUGGUACCGGGCACGAGUGGAUGGAGUCAAGGAAACAAACUGUCGAAUCUUCUUCGUUGAUUACGGGAACUACGAUAAUGUGCCUUUCUCGUCAAUCAAGAAGCUGGAUCCUAAGUUCUGUCAGCUUCCCAUACAAGGAAUUCAUUGCUGCCUGGCUGGGGUGAGCAUUAAGAAUGAUAAGGAAAAGGUGAAACAACUUCAGGACAGAGUGUCAAGGGUGAAGCUGCUUGUGAAGGUGGUCAGCGUUUCUGGCAGCAUCUUCAGUGUCCAGAUCAAGGCUGGUCAACAUAACAUCAAUGAGUUGUUCCUGUCAGAACCAGACAUUGUCCCAAAGGAAGACAUCUUGAAAGAAAACUCCCUGACUAAACCCAAAGAGACAUCUGCCUCUGUAUGUGUCCCAAUGUUGCCGUCUGCUUCAUUGCCAACAGACGGGUCAUCAGUUGAAGCAGUUGCCACGGACAUCCACAGUUUCUCGUCAAUAUACAUACAAACCAUGGAUGGGUUCAAAGCUCUGCAUGAAUUCACGGCUCUUUUAAUCACAGCAUGCACAGAGGACGAAGCAACCAUUACGCCUAAAGUGGGCGAUUAUAUCUGCGCAUGUUUCAGUGAAGACAGUGUGUGGUAUCGAGCCCUGGUCACAGAAGUGACACACUCCACAUGUACAGUUUUCUUUGUUGAUUUUGGGAACUCAGACACUCUUGACUUUUCACAGAUCAGGAAGCUUGAUGCACACUUGGGCAGCCCACCUUGGCAGGGUAUAAAAUGUCGGCUGGAUGGCAUUGAUGGCGGCAGUCCCGAGAUGCUGGAAAAACUGAAACAGAAGAUCGCUGGUGUGCAUCUGAAGGUGAAGGCUGUUGGGAGACAGAACGAUGUGUACAGUGUGGUGAUGGAGGUCAAUGGCGCCACCAUAAACAACAUGUUUCAAAAGGAUGAGAAAGACAAACAGCCAAUGAAGUUUGUAAGCCUGACCACAGAUGGGACUGACACAAGAGCGGUUGCUACGUUUGUUCAAGGACUUGAUGUCAUCUACAUACAGACAUUAGACGGAAACAGCGUUCUCUGUGACUUGAUGGCAGAGAUGAAUGCUCAGUGUACCAACAACCAUUUCUCUGUUCACCCGCAGGUUGGAGAUUAUGUUUGUGCUUUCUUCAGUGCUGUUGGUGUGUGGUACAGGGCGAGGGUUGAUGAACUGAGAGACUCAGAAUGUAAGGUGUUCUCUGUAGAUUUUGGUAUUUCUGACAUGGUUCCAUAUUCAUUGAUAAAGAAGCUUGACGAUCAGUUCCGUUGUUUCCCAAUCCAAGGAAUCCAUUGUUCGCUGGACUGUGUUCCUGUGACGGAUGACCCUGAGACCAUCACCCAACUUCAGGAGCUGAUGACCAACAAGAACCUCGAUGUCCGCGCCAUGAGCAAGAGUGGCAGUGUCUACAGCGUUGAAAUCAGGGUGGACGAGGAACUCCUUAACGACUACUUCCGUACAAAUAAUGGAAAAGCAUCUCUUGAAACAAAACCAUCUCAAACAGCCCCUCCAAACAUUCAGCAAUCUGAAACAGCCCAAGGUCAACCCUCUCAAACAUUGCCUCCUGUAACUCCUUCAUCUGGAGAAACUUCGCCAUGUCCAUCCCCUCCUGCGUUGCAGAUGGUGGAGUAUGCCGAACUGCCUGUAGGAACCACAGUCGAUGCUCUAGCGACAGAUGUCCAUGACUUUGACUGUAUUACCAUCCAGACGAUCCAAGGCUUUACUAACCUCCAGCCAGUGAUGGAGGAGCUGAACGUGCACUGUACCAAUACAUCCGACUCGGUCACCCCUGCUGUGGGGGACAUUGUGUGUGCUCUUUUCUCUGUCGAUAACAAAUGGUACAGGGCCAGGAUCGAUCAAGUAGGUGACACAUUCUGUGACGUCUUCUUCCUGGACUACGGAAAUUCGGAUAAGGUCAAGAUGACCGAUUUGAGAAAACUGCCUGAUAACUUCUUGACUUGCCCCAUCCAAGGCAUCCAGUGCUCUUUGCCAACGGUGACCAUCAGAAACAAUCCGGAGAAGAUUGAAGAGUUGAAGAAUACAAUUUCCAAUGUCAAGUUGUCAGUGACGGCUCUCUCCAAGAAUGGGAAUGUACACCAUGUGGAAAUGUUGGUAGAUGAAACCAACAUCAAUGACAUGUUUGCUGUAGCACCUUCUGAAGAUGAAAACGCUCUGGUCACAAUUGAACUUCCGAGGGGAACAUUUGACGCCAUUGUGAUGGACAUUCAGGACUUUGACUGUGUCUACUUCCAGACAUUUGAAGGCUACAUGGAGGUGAUUGAGCUGAUGAAGGAGAUUAAUGUCUACUGCACCAGCAGUACGGACUCCCUCACACCCCAAGUUGGAGACGACGUCUGUGCCUUGUUCACCCUUGACAACACCUGGUACCGAGCGCGUGUGGAGGAGGAAACUAAGGAGGGAGGAUACAAGGUCUUCUUCUGUGACUAUGGUAACUCUGAUGUCGUACUGCCUGCCAAUAUCAAAAAGUUGGAGCAGCAAUUCCGGUCUUUACCAGUCCAGGGACACAGAUGCCACCUCAAUAAUGUAACUGUCCGAAAUGAUCCUGUGAAACUGGCUCUGCUGCAAGAGAAAAUUAGUGGUGUGAAACUGCAGGUGACUGUUUUAGACAAAAUUGAUCAAGUUUACAAUGUUGAGAUUCAGGUGGAAGGGGAAAGUAUUAAUGACCUACUCAACACACCUGUGGCCCAGGUAAUGACCUGUAGUGAAAUCCCGGUAGACGGAUCGUCAGUUGAAGCUUGCGUGACACACAUUGAGGACUUUAAUGCCAUCAGCAUCCAGACUGUCGAAGGGACAAUAGCACUGGAACCUCUCAUGAAAGAAAUCAACACCAGAUGUUCCAGUAAUCCAAACACCAUCACCCCAAAAGUUGGGGAUAUGGUCUGUGCCUUCUACAGUCAGUACGAGUCGUGGUAUCGAGCGAGGGUUGAGGAUGUCACAGAUACUGAUUGUAAGGUGUUCUUCUGUGACUAUGGAAACUUCGACAGAGUGGAGUUACAGAUGAUAAAGACGCUAGAGUCGGAGUUCGCCAUUCUGCCGCAGCAAGUGGUCAAGUGCAGCCUGGAUGGGGUGGACGUGAGGAAUAACACAGAGGAGUUAAUGAAGCUUGCCGAGAAGGUCGACAACCAGAAGCUGACCAUCACUGCGUCCUCCGUGCAGGAUGGUGUGUACAAGGUCAAGAUGUGCCUGGACGAUGGUGCCACGAGCAUCAACUCAAUGUUCCAGAAAGAGUGCCCAGUUGAUGAUGAAGAUGAUGAUGAAGAAGAGGCUCUACGUAAACAGAUUGAAGAGCUGCAGCUCAGACUUGCUGCCAAGACAAAAAAGAAGACGUAGAUGUCCCUGACAUCGUCGUCAGCAACAGCUGUUGCUGAUCUUCACCCACGGGAAGCUUGCUGCUCCAUCUUCUCAGCUUCUGCUGCCGACGCUGAGGACAAUCAGACUUCCUCCAGAUGUUCCACGUUACACCGUUGUUAUGGUUGUCAGUAGAUAUAUCUUUUUAUGUUUUGUGACCACAAAGAUGGAAGUCAUAAAGAUCGUACAAUGCUGGAAGUUUAUUUGUGCCACAUCUUUUUGAAAGGGAAGUGAUUUGUGCUUUUUGAUAUGUAUUUGGGUUUUGAUAUAUGCUGAUAUUUGAGGCUUUUAACGUGUUGAACACUUGUUCUAAUUGUGCCAAAUUUUGACUUUAUUGCCUAACCAUGACGAAUAUUUCAAAUCAGCAAUCAGAGAUUACUGAUGAAACGUUCUGAUCAAGUUAGCAUAUUGCACCAGUUAUUACAUUUCUGAAAAAGAUCAAUGCUUUUGUUAUUACUUUCCAGAUUUUACUGGAGUUAAUUUUCCUGUAAAAAGAGAAAUGUAUUGAAAUUUAAAUAUGUUUUAGCUGACUAACUGCUAAAGGGACAGUAUACUGACAGUUCUGUGUGUUUUUUAAUCAUGCAGGAAAUAGUGACGUCACAUGCCCAAUUCAAUUCUCAAACCAAAACAAAACAACGCCAGCGCUGCGCAGAAUAAACUUGCUUCAGUCGUGUGUUUUUAUUUGAGGCAAAUUUAAGAGAAAGCCUGUCUGUCUUUCUUACGGAUGAGGUACAAAAUACUAAUGCCAACUUGAUUAGAUUAGAAGCCAGUGUUUAUCAAAGCCUAGAUUACAACAUUUAUAUGCCUCAGUCAUAUGAAGCCAACCACUCUCCUACCCAGAGUUCCUUGCUGCCAGCCUUGUGCAUCUGUCACAUCUUACAUGAGUCCAUUCAUGUGUUUUUCAUGUUUCAUUUUGUACGAGUCUACACAUUUAGAUAAGCAUAACUUUCAUUGAGAAAAUAUCCUAGAAUGUGAAAAACUAUUUUCAUUUGCAUGUUUAUCCUCCAGGUGCUGUCAUUAAAGCCCCAAGGAGAGCUAGCUAUACGGUCUCUUCGAUGUGUUAAGCUAUAUUUCAUGCACCUCACUGUCUCAGCUGUAGUAGUAGGAGACCCGUGAAGAUUUUGGGGUAGAAUAGGUCUUCAGCAACCCAUGCUUGCCAUUAAAGGUGACUAUGCUUGUCGUAAAAGGAGA